GCAACUUUAGAAAAACCAGCUAAUAUACCAGUUGUCCUUGCAUUUCCAAGCGUACUUUAUCAAACGAGGAUAGGAGGAUAUCAAUCGGAAAUUUUUCUUCCUUUGGGAAUGGUAGUAAACGCCGUCUUCAAAAACCAACAUUGGUUGUAUGUACAGACUCCACAUGCUGAAGAAGGAUAUGUUAGUUACGCUGCCUGUUUGCCAUUAGGAAUAAUUCCUCCUCCAGAAGAUGACAAACCAACACCUUGUUGGGAAAAAAGUAACGAUGUAUUCCCCAAACCAUCUGGUAACAUGACGGAUACUGAAAAGCUGAGUUCAAAGUCCGACUGUGACGAAGGAGUUAGAUGUAAAAAUAGGUCCAGAAAUGCUGCUAGUGCUUGUGGAGAAAAGAGUGUUGAUAGGCUUUACCUGAGGGCAGCAGCUAUUGCAAGGGGAAAAGGAAUUAGACAGACUCUUCUGGUGAUAACGACUGAUUUUAAGGGUUCUGGAGAGAACAACAUGACAGUGAAAAAGGGAGAAGUUGUUUUCUUACUUGAUGCUAAUAUAAAAGGAUGGUUUUAUGUAAAGACUAAAGAAGGUGUAGUGGGGUACAUUCCUGCAGUCGUUGCUGGAAAUGGGUUUUUGUAAAUAUUGUAUCAAAUUAUUUAUUAAAAUAAAUUAUU